CAUGCCGUCACGAAGAUUCAAAAGAAGAGCUUUAAAGUAAAAUUGAAAUUAUCGUCGGCAGAUGGCAUCUGAGUGCAGAGAAUUCGCCGCAGCGUUUCGCAUUUGUUAUCAUGGCGGAUACUAUUUUUUUAUACAUAGAACGAGAAGUGGGGAUUCUUUUGAUGUGCUAUUAAUGUUCUUAGAGUUGUGGUGUGAACUAAUUUGUUUACAGUUUGUUGAGAGCACGUGUUUAUGCUAUAUACCUUAAACUAUGAGAAAUCUACAACAACUGACAGAAGAAAAAUGGAGAUUAGUUUUAGAAAAAUUAACGAAAUUCAUUGGUGUUAAUGUGAAACUAUUGAUUGAUCGACCUGAUGGAACUUACUGUUUUCGAGAAUAUAGAGGUCGUGUAUUCUAUAUGUCUGAGAAGAUUCUGAAACUUGCAGAAAAUGUAGGUGCGACUAACCUCGUUUCUGUGGGCACAUGUAUCGGAAAGUUCACCAAAACCGGAAAAUUUAACUUGACUGUCACCUGUCUGGCUUUAUUAGCACCAUACGCACAGUAUAAGAUUUGGGUAAAACCAAGUGCUGAACAACAGUUUCUGUAUGGACAUCAUGUUCUAAAGUCAGGUCUCGGACGAAUAACAGAAAAUACUCCACAAUAUCAAGGAGUUGUAGUAUUUAGUAUGAGUGAUGUUCCUUUGGGAUUGGGCAUUUCUGCGAAAUCCACUGCUGAGUGUAAACAUGCAGAUCCUUUGACCACUAUAUGUUUCCAUGUAUGUGACAUUGGAGAAUACAUUAGAAAUGAAGAUGCAUUAGUUUCAUAAUGUGGUUUUACAGUUUUAUUUUGUAAAUAAACAAAUUUCAUUAUUAUAAAAUCUUCUUUACUCUUUAAAUUGUCCUCUCCCUGUAUGUUAAUAAGUAGUUUAACACUCUUUAGAAAUUUGAUUACUAUUAAAUGAAUCAUAAAGGGUGGCCUGAGGGGGGGAAAAACACAAUAUUUUCGUGUUCGUAAGAAUUUAAAAUUAUUGUGAAUUCAACUGAUAGAGGAAAUUUUGAAUAAUUAAUCAGAUAAAUGAGAUUUUAUUUUUAACACAUUUUAGUGAAAUAAAAUGUAAUUAAAUUAACUGUCGCAACUACAAUUUUUUUUUUUUACUGUUAGUCUAAAAAUGCCUAUAUAUUCUGUAAGGAGCUGAGCAAUACCUGUCGAGUUCAAUGGGUGUGGAGAAGUAAUUUGAAUUGUUCCUAGAUAGUAUAAGCAAAAUGAAAUAUGUAUUAAAUAAAACAUCCUGAAUUGUUGUGGUUUGCAACAAGAGGAAAUUAAUACCCU